AUGACUUUAGGUGUUGGGAAGUCAUGUCUUCUGUUGCAGUUCACUGACAAACGCUUUCAACCCGUGCAUGACUUAACAAUCGGUGUUGAGUUUGGUGCACGGAUGAUCACUAUCGAUAGCAAGCAGAUAAAAUUACAAAUUUGGGAUACCGCAGGUCAAGAGUCGUUCAGAUCAAUUACUCGUUCUUAUUAUCGUGGAGCGGCUGGUGCUUUAUUAGUUUAUGAUAUAACUAGGCAGGAUUUAAGGGACACAUUCAAUCACUUAACUUCGUGGCUUGAAGAUGCUCGGCAACAUUCUAACUCGAACAUGGUUAUAAUGCUUAUUGGCAAUAAAAGUGAUCUGGAAGCGAGACGGGAAGUGAAGAAAGAGGAAGGGGAGGCGUUUGCUCACGAACAUGGUUUGGUAUUCAUGGAGACUUCUGCCAAAACUGCAGCAAAUGUUGAAGAGGCCAAUGGCAUUAAACUCGGCCCUCAGCACUCUCCAAGUUCGCCAAAUGCUCCAGGUGGGAACCCACCCUCCCGCGGUGCGGCUAAUUGUUGUUAG